AUGCAAAAUGUCGAUCCAAUUCUAGUUGAUGAAAUUGAUUCUGAUAAUGAAUGGAUAACUGAAAACGAAGAUCCUGUGCUUCCUGAAGAUCCUUCUUGGCUUGAUGAAGAGAAUUUAUUUGAUGUUGAUGUCAUUAGAAUGAUUGAUGUGGAAAGUUCCAUUAGUGAAAUUGAGAAACUAAAAGAUGAAGCACUUAAGUGUUACGAGGAUAUAGGGGACGCCGACCUUGGCAGUGAUAUUGUUGAGAAAUUUUCAGAAAUGUUGUUUCUUGAUGAAUGUUUUGUGGUUGAGUAUAUUCGAGAGCGUAGUGGAAUGAAGCCAAAAGGAGAAGACAUAAUUAUCAAGGCAAGUUGCAUGAGACUCAUGAGAGGUAUUGUACGUCGAAAUUUGUUGUUACUAGAAAACCAACUUCCUUUCUUUGUCCUGACCAAACUUCAUGACGACAAACGAAUUUCAUCAAAUACCAUUCAUAAAUAUGGUGAAGAAGACCUUUCUUCCUUUCUUACCGAAGAUGACCCUGCAUCCUCUAAUGAGAGUGAAUGUAACGCCGCAGAAAUCAAACAUUUACUUCAAAUAGUACACAUGUCGUGCCACCCUUCAAAGAUGAAAGAUAUGCCAAGAGAUAAGGACCAUCUAAAGGUCAUGCCAAAUGCAAUAGAGCUUUCGGAAGCUGGAGUUAGCUUCGUAAAAGUCAGAUAUAUUUAUAGAAGGUUAGACGAAGACGACCUUAGAGAUAGCACAAGUAUAUUUGGUGUCAAAUUUGAGAAUGGGUUAAUGGAAAUUCCUUGUUUUGAAGUCGAUGAUAACGGAGACUUUCCUGCGAAAUCUUAUAGCAUACGAGUAACAAUCGUCUGA